UCACCAUCUAGCCAUCGAUAAAGGGGAAAUGGCUCUAGCAAAUGUCGCCAAGCAGAAGGCUGAGGAAAUUGAGAUGGAGCUGCCCUCAACAUCUGGGACAGACGACUAUGAUUCUGAAGAUUCUUUGAGUGAAGAAGAUGUAACUGAUGGCUCCUAUUCAACCGGAGAAGAACGACCCGAUCACGACAGAAAGGGAGACCCUCGGAGGAGAGAUGAUGACACUCUCAGAGGAGCGGACUCUUUGACCCAUCCACCCAAACCCGAGACAAGCAGUUCAUCCGAUCAGGGUCAUGUUCCCAUGAAAUCAAGAAAGUCAAGGAAAGAUGUUGAUGCGUGGCAUAGAGCAGAGGAGAGAAUUGAUGAAGCUUACAGACACGGUGAUGCUGUGGAUGAGGGUUUGUUGAGUGGAGCUAGCGGGUUGGCUGCAAUACCGGGAGACAUCUACACCAAAGUACUUGCAGAUAAUCCCUUUGGAUGGGACAAACCAAAUGUGGCAGGACCAUCUGCUAGCCAUCCCAGAGGAGUUGGUGAUAAUGUAGAAGAAGGGGAAGAAGAAGAAAGAGAAGAAGGAGAGGAAACAACAACUCUGAAAGUGGUCCACUUUGGAAUGGUUUGACCAGGAAAAUAGAAUACUGAUGAUCUGGAUCCUAGCAGCUUUCUAACUGGAAGUGGGGACAUCCCUGUGUGAAUAAUGAAAGGGAGACAUGACUAGACUGUCUCGGUGAAGGUGGGGAUCUACAGCAUCUGUUUACGGAAUGGCAAAGAGGUAUUCCAAGAAUAAUCAGUGUGUUCCACUUAGGAUUGGUUCGAGCGUAAAAAAGAAGACUGGCGACCUCGGCCCUCAAGGAUAGAAGCACUUCGCUGACAUGAAAGAGGAGACACAAUAUUGGCAAAGGCCGGGAUCUGGCUUCUGAAGUAUUCUUUUGCAGGGUAGAGAAGCGAUACUCCUUGAAUAAUCAUGGAGAGCAGGGGAGCCGAUGAGGAUGUAGAAGAAAGGGAAGGAGAAAGUGAAGAAGUAGAGGAGAUGGCAAGUCUUAAGGUGGUCCACUUUGGAUAGGUCUUACCAGAGUGAAGAAGACCGACGACCAGGGCACAUGAGACGUACCCGUUUGAACAACAAAUUGAAGAAGUCUGUAUUGGUAUAGAUGGAGAAGCAGACAGACAGGAAGAAGUAUUAUUUGUUGUGCUUGGUUAGGUCCUUUAAAAGGAUUGCAAACCAGAUGAGGGAGAACGGUUUGAUGCAGGUGAGGUGGUGAUGAUAAUAGAUAAUGAGAUGUGAAGGCUGGAUAUUUCUGUGCUGUUACCCACAAUGCAAGCCUUAAAAAGCUUAUGUUCGAUCAUCUAUGGUACACUCUAAUACAGAUUCAUCUAAUCUAAUGUUUUCUUGAAAAUAUGUUGGAAUUAGGAAGGUUUUUCAUAGACUGAUAUUUAUUUGUCAUGUCUAUCAGAAAAUUUUCUGAUGAUGGGAAUAGAGAUUUUAUAAGAAAAUGAUAUACUCAGGAAAAAAUUGAUGUUAUUUAUUGUUCUUCAAGUUCAGUUGAAGUUUGCAUAAAUAUCCUAGACCUGUUAAAAAAAAUAAUAUUUAUUCAUACCACAAACAAAAAAGAGGAAAUACCCACAAAUCAAACAAGCAUUUCUUGGUUUUUUUAUGUUUUUUUUUUUCAGGGUUUCAUUUAUUGAAUAACUUCUGUGUAAAAAUAUAUUUGAUUUAUCUGGGGGCAUUUCUUUAUACCAGAAUACGAGUGAAUUUUAGAACAUUUAUUUUAAUCAAUAUCAAUUUGUUGCUAUUCAACCAUUGAAUUAAAAUGACCUCUUGUGUUCAAACAGUGAUUGGCAACAACUACUAGUAGCAAAAUCUUUAGGGUUGACUUUAUUUUUUAUUUAUUUUUCUUCAGGAUGGAUUUCAUUAGCAGUUCCAAAUUUAGGAGGGUUAAAUAUUGAAGUUUCCCUAAUAUCAUGUCCGUAAACCUGUGUGAAACACCAGUAGUGGAGUCUGGGUCAAGCAAUGAAUGGUGAACAAAUGCAACAAUUACCAGAAAAAAUAUUUGGCAAAAUAAAUUCAGAAAAGUGAUAAUAAUUUUGCAUUUAAUGUGUGCUGACUCAUGUAAUUUUUUCAAAAUCUUUUUCAUUUUAAAGGUGACAGUACUGGUACUUAGUAGGAACUUUGUAAUGUAUGUAUGAAUUGUAAUAGAAAAUCAGUGAUGGAUCCAACAUUCAAAUUACACAAGUUGAAAAUACAUAAUCUGUAUAGACAAGGAAUUUUUAAAGCAUAAAGUAAAACAGGAUAAAUCAUCAUUUCAGUGCAUAAUCACCCCCUUGUUGCCAAGGGGUAGCCCCCAAUUUUUUU